UCUCUCUCUCUGAGCUUAAGUAUUUUUCUUUGCUGCAAUGGCAAUUCCAGUGAUUGAUUUCUCUAAGGUGAAUGGUUCUGGUGAGGAGAGAGCCGAGGCAAUGGCUCAGAUCGCUAAUGGCUGCGAGGAAUGGGGGUUCUUCCAGCUGGUGAACCAUGGAAUUGCAGAAGAGCUCCUGGAGAGGGUGAAGAAGGUUUGCUCAGAAUGCUAUAAGCUGGAAAGGGAGGAAAAUUUCAAGAACUCGAAAAUGAUGAACUCAUUGAAGGAUUUGGCAGAGAAAAAAAAUGGUGAGAAAUUGGAGAAUGUGGACUGGGAAGAUGUCUUCAUUCUCCUAGAUGAUAACCAAUGGCCACCAGAAACCCCUGGGUUCAAGGAAACCAUGGCUGAAUACCGAGCUGAACUGAAGAAACUGGCUGAGAGGGUCAUGGAAGUAAUGGAUGAGAACUUAGGGUUACACAAAGGAUACAUCAAGAAGGUAUUAAAUGGUGGAGAAGAAGACGAUUGCUUUUUUGGUACUAAAGUUAGCCACUAUCCACCAUGUCCUCAUCCUGAGCUAGUGAACGGCCUUCGAGCUCACACAGAUGCUGGGGGUGUCAUCUUACUCUUCCAAGACGACGAGGUGGGAGGUCUUCAAAUCCUCAAGGAUGGGCAAUGGAUCGACGUGCAGCCACUGAAAAACACUAUCAUCAUAAACACCGGCGAUCAGAUUGAGGUAAUAAGCAAUGGCAGGUACAAGAGUACCUGGCACAGGGUUCUGGUCAGCCAUAGAGGCAACAGAAGGUCAAUUGCUUCAUUUUAUAACCCAUCUCUCAAAGCUACAAUAGCUCCGGCGACAAAACUGGUAGAGAAAGCCAAUCAGGAGAAGAUGAAUCAUCAAGAAUACCCCAAGUUUGUGUUUGGUGAUUACAUGUCUAUUUAUGCAGAGCAGAAGUUCCUCCCCAAGGAGCCGAGGUUCAAUGCUGUGAGGGCCGUGUGAUAAUGCAAUUUCAUUUUUAGAAGAUUACAAGUAUUAUUAAUUCGUUUCCUUGAUGUUUUCCUCAAAGCUUAUGAAGGCUUCUUUCUCUAAACUAUACACAGAAGAAGAGAAAAUAAAUCUGGAUAUCAGUGUGUUUGUUUUCGAAUUUUUUUUUCUUUUCUACUUAAUGAUCAAGUUAUUGAUUAUAUGGGCUUGCCAAGGUUUGCUUUCUAC